AUGAGCGACACGCCCACUGGGCACCCCGCCUCAUCACUCGACCCAAAUGUCUGCCCAACGAGUGCUCCCAGAGAUGGAUUUGGAGGGGAGAUACAAGGAUCUCAAUGUCCAGCGACCUUUCAUCCCGAACGAUCUCCUCUGGAUCCUGCUUUACCGAAACGCCUUCAUCUAACGGCCCUAUCUGACGAGGAGCAUGCGGAAUGGGUUUGGUGGAAGGAGCGUCUUAUCACCGCUCCAACCACCCAGAAGCUUGCCAACCAUGUUUCUGGCAAGGUUGGCACCGAUCGUGGUCGCCCUAUGUCUUGGGCCAACAUCGUGGGGGUGAUGGACAAAAUUGAACGCAGAUACCAGCAGAUCCAAUACUCCGAUCCCUCGAUGACCGACACCGACACCGUCCUGGAAGCGCCAUCGCGACAUCGUGCCCGUUAUCGCAAACCCACGAUGGGCGUUCAAGGAUGUCCAUCUUACAAACUGGGCAAAGCGCGCCCAGUUGAAUUGUCCCGUUCAAGAACCGGCUUGCCGGCUCCCGGCAGCUCACGAACAAUCCACCACCCCCAUCUCCCACUGCCCGACGAUCGAGAAGUAACACCCGAUAUAGCACCACCCCCUGUUCCUACUACAGCCCAGGACUCACUCCCUCUCGCUGCAAGGGCAAUCCGUGAACCAAGCCAGGCACCAAGCCUCGCAUUGACUGAGGAAACCAUCAUGCAGGAGUUUCCCACUCACGCCGGUCACAUCAACCGGAUUGAACACGACAUCCGAAUCAGGCAUAUCCGCGAGCGUCUUGAAGGGAGCAUCGCAGAGCUCAGUGCGAGGGUUGCGGAUCAGGAGGAGACGAUCGCUGAGUUGGAGGCUCUCUUGAGGUUGGAGAACAACGGGCACUGA